GAGACAAGUCGAAGAAAUGACACAAUUGGUGAAAAAGAUUGUAGUAAAGAAACAAAUCAACAUCGACGAAGAUUUUCCCGAUGUUUUGAAUAUGCCUGUCGUUUCAAUCGAACGUUUGAAAUCUGGUAUAGUGAAAAACGGCAUGGUUUCGGUAGGUGAAUAUCAAAUGUCAUUAGAUGAACAAUGGGAAUAUCCUCGACAAAAUUUACGCUUGGGGGAAACUUUGGGUGAAGGCGAAUUUGGGAAAGUAGUGCAAGCCGAGGCGAGGGAUAUUUGGAAACAUGGAAAUGGCGUUACAGUGGCAGUGAAAAUGCUCAAGGAUGAUCACUUGGAUUCAGACAUGAUAGACUUGGUAUCUGAAAUGGAAUUGAUGAAAUUGCUUGGAAGUCACCAGAACAUCCUUCGACUUCUCGGCUGUUGCAGCCAAGGAGGACCAUUGCUUGUAAUUACAGAAUAUGCCCAAAAUGGAAACCUCAAGAAUUUUCUUCGAAAACAUCUUCAUCAUUCCUCCAAAAUAGAAGAAAGUACUCUCUUGACUUAUGCUCGUCAAAUUGCGCAAGGAAUGGUUUAUCUGUCUUCAAUAAAGUGUAUUCAUCGAGAUUUGGCAGCUCGCAAUAUCCUUGUAACAGCUCAGUACACGAUGAAAAUAGCUGAUUUUGGCCUCGCACGAGAUGUGAGACAAACCGAAUACUACAAGAAGACAUCAAACGGUCGACUACCCAUAAAAUGGAUGGCACCCGAAGCUUUAUUUCAUAACAAAUACACAACGCAAUCUGACGUCUGGUCUUUCGGCAUAUUGCUUUGGGAGAUUAUAACGCUGGGUGAUAAUCCGUAUCCUUCAAUCGAGGAUCUUGCUGGGCUACGUAACGCUUUAAAGCAAAAUUAUCGAAUGGAAAAGCCUCCAAAUGCAUCUACAAGCGUGCAAGUUCAAUAAUAAAUUUCUUUUGAAUAUUUAAAGAUUUCCUUCAAUUACCUAAGGUACUGAGCCCUAAAUACGCCAGGUGCCCAACAACGCCAACAGCUGAUAUCUCGAGAACUAAACGUCCUACGGGGCUAUA